AACAAACCCAGAGUGCAUGCAAGGAAAGGAUGGCUGCACCGACCAAGUUCAGUUUUUCCGUAAGGAGCAUCCUGGAUUUGCCUGAGCAGGAUGCGGAUGCAGCAAAGCGGUCUUCCCCGAUUUACUCCUCUUGCUCUUCCAGCUCACCCUACAGCUCAUGGAUCGACUGCGAGCGGAGCCUUUGCAUGUCUUCUGACGAUUGCAAUUUCGAGGCCUCUCCUGACUCAACUAAGCCCGAUGACCCGUCCCUCGAUUCAGAGCCUGAGCAGAGCAAGAAGAGCAAGAAACGCCGCGUUUUGUUCUCCAAGGCCCAGACCCUUGAGCUGGAAAGGCGCUUCCGCCAGCAGCGCUACCUGUCGGGUCCGGAGAGAGAACAGCUGGCACGGCUGCUGAGCCUGACUCCAACCCAGGUGAAGAUCUGGUUUCAGAACCACCGCUACAAGAUGAAGCGAGGUCGAGCAGAAGGAACACUGCAGGACGUAGAAAUCCCGCAGCCGCCGGUGUUGCGCAGAGUCGUUGUUCCGAUCCUGGUCCGAGACGGGAAACCCUUUCACACAUGCUUACUUGACUCUGAGAAAUUUGGGUGUUUACCUCCGUCAUCUCAGCCGGUGCCCUUCCCUUUAGCUUACACAUCUCUUCAGCAUCCAUCAUCCAUCCAUCCAUCCAUUGCUCUUCCUCCAAGGUACCACCAACACUUUCCGGCAGUGGCGGCGGCCUCCAGCUUCGCCUGGAGAGACUUUUGGAGUGAUUCGGUUCAUCUUAAUUCUUUCAAGUAA